AUGGAAAAUUAUAAGAAACGGAAGAUUGAAGUGAAAUGGGAUAAAGUUCAUGAAUUUCCAGCCCUUCAAUUUAAAAUCGAAGUAGAGCAAAGUCUUUAUUGUGUUUGUUUGCCCAUGAAACAUAAUGUUGAUAAGAAUGAAAAAUUGUGUCAUUAUCGUCGUUGCCUGAAGAAACUUCGAAAACUGAUGCGUGAUUGGUGGCAAAUGUGA